UCCGGGGCCGCCCGCUUCCGGGGCCGCGCGCGCUACUCCAGGAGGACCCAGCCUUGCCCCCCGUUGAGGCCGCUGACACGCGUGCACACACCUACGCGCGAUUAUAUAGGUAUAUAUCUUUAUACAUGCUGUCCUGCGGCCCUGGGGAGAGGCGUGUGUGGGGCCCGCCUGAGCUUUAUGCGCAUGGCCGGGCUCAGCCCGCGCGGACGUCUCUCUCCACGUGACCCCGCUGCGCGGUAGCCCCUCUAGCCUGCAGGCAGCGUGGCUCUAUGGUAGGAGGACGUCUGUGGCGCGCGAGAGGGACGGCGGUGGGUUGACGAAGAUGGCGGCCGCGGUGAGGCAGGACCUGGCGCAGCUAAUGAACUCCAGCGGCUCUCACAAGGACCUGGCGGGCAAAUAUCGUCAAAUAUUGGAAAAAGCCAUUCAGCUGUCGGGUGUAGAACAACUGGAAGCUUUGAAAGCUUUUGUAGAAGCAAUGGUGAAUGAGAAUGUCAGUCUAGUGAUCUCACGUCAGCUACUGACAGAUUUCUGUACCCACCUUCCAAGUCUUCCUGACAGCACAGCCAAAGAAAUUUACCACUUCACAUUGGAAAAGAUACAGCCUAGAGUUAUUUCAUUUGAAGAGCAGGUUGCUUCAAUAAGGCAACAUCUUGCAUCAAUCUAUGAGAAAGAAGAAGACUGGAGAAAUGCAGCACAAGUGUUGGUGGGCAUCCCUUUGGAAACAGGGCAAAAACAAUACAAUGUAGAUUAUAAACUGGAGACCUACCUGAAAAUUGCCAGGCUGUAUCUGGAGGAUGAUGACCCGGUUCAAGCAGAAGCUUAUAUUAAUCGAGCUUCCCUGCUUCAAAAUGAAUCAACUAACGAACAGCUGCAAAUCCAUUAUAAGGUUUGCUAUGCUCGAGUUCUUGAUUACAGAAGAAAGUUCAUUGAGGCUGCCCAAAGAUACAAUGAGCUCUCCUAUAAGAGCAUAGUCCAUGAAACUGAGCGACUGGAGGCAUUGAAGCAUGCUUUGCAUUGUACUAUUUUGGCAUCAGCAGGACAACAGCGUUCUCGCAUGCUUGCUACACUCUUCAAGGAUGAGAGAUGCCAGCAGCUUGCAGCCUAUGGAAUCUUGGAGAAAAUGUAUCUCGACAGAAUUAUCCGUGGAAAUCAACUCCAAGAGUUUGCAGCAAUGCUAAUGCCUCACCAGAAAGCAACUACAGCUGAUGGUUCCAGUAUCCUGGACAGAGCUGUUAUUGAACACAACUUACUAUCUGCGAGCAAACUUUACAACAACAUUACUUUUGAAGAGCUUGGAGCAUUACUAGAGAUCCCUGCAGCUAAGGCAGAAAAGAUAGCUUCUCAGAUGAUAACUGAGGGUCGCAUGAAUGGAUUCAUUGAUCAGAUUGAUGGAAUUGUUCAUUUUGAGACUCGUGAAGCUUUGCCAACUUGGGACAAACAGAUUCAGUCACUGUGUUUCCAAGUUAACAACCUGCUGGAGAAGAUAAGUCAGACAGCCCCAGAAUGGACAGCACAAGCAAUGGAGGCACAGAUGGCUCAGUGACUGUGUAGCCAUUGUCUGAAUGGAGGCAAUCAACUGCCUGCUGUGCUGGAAGAAAGGAACUGAGUAGGACCGUGAACCAAACAAAUAACCCAUAACUUCAUUUCCCCACCUUCAGCUUUCACUCUGGCUUAGGACACAAAUAGGUGAUACCAUGUUUGGUGUGACAGUCCCCCAGUUCUCUGAGCGUAGAAUGAUGCUGUUGCUGCGUCUGCACUGCACUCUGCUGACCUGAAAGCUGUGGUUUCCACGUAGAAGAAGCUGUAAUGUCUGCAGCAAGCUUUGGUUUAUUUAAUUUUAUUUUUUUCCACUGUAUUGCUAUAGCUUUGUAGCCCAUUACUUCCUAUAAUGCUUCUCCUGCUGUGAAAAUAUAAGUGCCAUGUUUCUUUUAGUUGUAAUUAUUCUAAUAAAGGCUGGAAUGAGCCACUUCGUUUAAGUGUU